AUGACCUGGGGGACCCUUUACGCCCAGCUAGCUGGUGUGAACCACCACUCCACCAGCCUGGGGAAAGUGUGGCUCUCUGUCCUCUUCAUCUUCCGGGUCUCUGUGCUGGUCCUGGCAGCUGAGAGCGUGUGGGGGGACGAGCAGAGCGACUUUGUCUGCAACACCCUACAGCCGGGUUGCGAGAACGUUUGCUACGACCACUUCUUUCCCAUGUCCCACAUCCGCCUCUGGUGCCUGCAGCUCGUCUUCGUCUCGACGCCCGCCCUCCUCGUUGCCAUGUACGUGGCCUACCGUAACCACGCCGACAAACGGCAGGUCCUACUGCGGGGUUCCGUCGCGGGAGACCGUCGCAGUGACAGGGCCCGGGCUGCCCAGGAAGCCGAGCUGGAGGGCCUGAGGAGGCGGAGGCUGCCGAUCGCUGGGCGGCUGUGGUGGACGUACGCCUGUAGUCUGGUCGUCCGUCUGCUUUUCGAGGGAGGCUUUAUGUAUGCUCUCUAUGUGUUGUACGAUGGCUUCCAGAUGCCUAGGUUGGUCCAGUGUGAUCAGUGGCCCUGUCCCAACCUUGUGGAUUGCUUUGUGUCCCGCCCCACAGAGAAAACCGUCUUCACCGUCUUCAUGGCUUCCUCCUCCUGCAUCUGCAUGGCGCUCAACCUGGCUGAACUGGCCUAUCUCAUCGCCAAGGCCAUCGUUGGCAGCCUGUCGUCAAAGCGUGAAGGGGGGAAACGCGAAGGGAAGGGGGCAAAGUGUUCUUCAACUUCAAACACAAAGAUGCUGCAGCAGAACAGGAAGAAUGAGGACGUAUUGUUGUCUUGUUCACCUGGGUCCACCUGA